AAAAUGAACAUUGCGUGUCAUUACAGUCGGACUCGUGGACAUAAGAACACAAGUGGCAAUACGUUUACAGCAUAAUCAUAACGAUGACGACGAUGACAACGACGAUGAUGACACGCAACACGUCAUGAACCGCGCGUAAGUCCGAACGGUGAUCCUAGCCGCAAGAGAAGGCGAGAAUCAAGAAGAGACGACGAGAACACGACGACGAAUUAUCCCGCGGAAUGCCGAUUGUCGUGAGAAACUGCCCGCAUCUGGCCAACCGCGGCGAUCUCGCCGUCAUCGAGGCGGCAGUCACCCAGGAGGAACGUUUUCUCAAGUGCAAUGAUUGCAACACGGACGGACCUAACCUCUGGCUAUGCUUGUUUCCUGACUGUCGCUGGGUCGGUUGUUCGGAAGCGCACUUCGACCACAGCACCACCCAUAAUCAGAACUUCCCGAACCACUGCGCCCACAUGAAUCUGUCCACCAACAGGAUAUGGUGCUAUUCUUGCAAGAGGGAGAUCUUCGCCAGACAUAUACCAUCGCCACCGGUGUCGCCCACACAGGUAGAAUUCAAGACAAUGGGUAACAAGUUCGCCGGAGAUCUUCCUAACAAUGUGGAAUGCAAGUUUGAUGGUUUGGACAGAUUCAUGCUUGAUAAAUUCUAUGGAGAGUGGUUUGUGAACAGGAUGAAUUCGGAUAAAGGCAGCUCAUUCAAUGAAAAGUCUGGAGAUUCUCCCGACAGUACAGACUCAGACGAGAGCAAAGACUUCUCUGGGAAGCCGAGAGGCCUAGUGGGUCUGCAGAAUAUUGGCAACACAUGUUAUAUGAAUGCAGCGUUGCAAGCAUUAUCCAAUAUAUCUCCCUUGACGCAGUUCUUCUUGGAUUGUAGUCCUAUGGUCAACUACAUGUCUAAAGACAGGAAACCAGGGCUGAGCGUGAGUUACUUGAAUCUCAUUCGGGACAUGUGGAAUAAGAGAACUCGGGGAUACGUUGUGCCGCACGGCAUUCUCUCCGGCAUUCGCACCGUUCAUCCGAUGUUCCGCGGUUAUCAUCAGCACGACACUCAAGAAUUCCUCAGGUGCUUCAUGGAUCAGCUUCACGAGGAGCUGAAGGAGCACAUCGAAGACGACCGAGACGUGCAACUGCGGCUGAAAGGACUAGGUGAUCAUUCCUCAGAUGAGGAUGAGACCGAGAUGGAUGGCAACGCGUCCAGCCAGUCCGAUGCCGAAUACGAGACAUGCGAUUCAGGCGUAAGCGAACAGAGUUCUCUGAGUGACGAGGGUGAACGCGGCACUAAGAGACGAUAUUCCCGAGUCUCUCAGACGGAAAAGCUCAGGAACAAGUUCACCAACAGGAGCCUGAAGAAAUCGAAUGUCGAGCCGGCCACGUUUGCGCCGCAGCAACGCUCGCCGCAGAGCUCGCCAGCCAAACAUCGCACCAAGAAGCAGAUGAAGAUGCGUAGCAUCAUCAGCGAUACGUUCGAUGGCAAGCUUCUCAGCAGCGUGCAGUGCCUGACGUGCGAUCGAAUCUCGACCCGCGUGGAAACCUUCCAAGACUUGUCGUUACCUAUUCCAAGUAGAGAUCACAUCGACAUGCUGCACCAAGGCUCCUUGACCCCGCAGAAGGCUGGCCCAUGCUCAGAUGUAGUCUACGUGACCAAUCAGUCUGGCUGGCUGUCUUGGUUCCUACAAUGGAUGCGCUCGUGGUUCUGGGGACCGGUGGUCAGCCUGCAUGACUGCCUCUCCGCGUUCUUCAGCGCCGACGAGCUCAAGGGUGACAAUAUGUAUAGCUGUGAAAAAUGUAAUAAACUACGCAACGGCAUCAAGUUCUCCAAGGUGUUGGAGCUGCCCGAAAUACUCUGCGUCCACCUCAAGCGAUUCCGCCACGAGCUCAUGUUUAGCUCGAAGAUCGCUAACUACGUAUCCUUCCCGCUCGAGGGCCUCGAUAUGCGACCUUACCUGCACAAAGAGUGCGUGUCCAAGGUCACCACCUACAACCUGAUUUCGGUCAUUUGUCACCACGGCACCGCCGGUGGCGGACAUUACACUUGCUACGCGCUCAAUCACCUCGCCAACAAGUGGUACGAGUUCGACGACCAGUGUGUGACUGAGGUAUCACCCGAGACAGUGAAGCAUUGCGAGGCAUAUGUGCUGUUCUACAAGAAAUGGUCGCCGGAGAUGUUGCAGCUACGCGACAAGUCGAUGGAGUUGAUGGAGAUCUCGUCCCGCGAGCUAUCCGACCUCAACUUCUUCGUCUCCCGACAAUGGAUCAAUCGUUUUAAUACCUUCUCUGAACCUGGACCGAUCGACAACUCAGAUUUCCUAUGCCCGCACGGAGGUGUGAUUCCCGUGAGAACGCAGUUCGUCGACAAGAUCAGCAUGCCCAUACCUCAAGCGGUUUGGGAAUACUUGUAUAAUGCAUUCGGCGGAGGGCCAGCGUGCACACACCUGUACCAGUGUCCGACUUGCGAAGAGAAGUACGAGUCUUUGCAGAAACGCAGGCAAUACGAAAUGGAGCUGUUCCAACGGUUGAAUCACGCCACCGACAAUCCCAUGGCCAUCUACGGACUGGCCAUGGCUUGGCUAAGACAAUGGCAGAGCUUCGUCCGCGGCAAAGAGACACAGCCACCAGGACCAAUCGAUAAUAAUUCCAUCGUUAUAAAUAAGAACGGGCAAACCAGUCUCAAAGUCGGCUCGGACUACGGCCAGAUACCCGAAGAGCUAUGGCAAUUCUUCCUCACGACGUACGGCGGAGGACCAGAGCUAAUGUUGCACUCGUGCCAACGCCCGGUGCCCGCUCAGCCUAAUAUUUCUAUACAUUCCGCGUCGAAUUCGAAUUUAAUAGAUCCGAAUGUUAAAUGUAAUCGCGUAGUAGAGGCUAAGUCCAACAAACUUUGUAUCACUAGAAGCUCGGAAACGAUAUCGCAGCAAGACAGCGCUAUCGAGAGCCUAACUUCGGAUAGUGACUCCCAUCAGACGCAGAGGGACGUGAGUGAGUAAAACUGUCAGAGCUGCGACACGUUCCUUCCGUUGUGAGAAAAUACAUUUCCAUUCGUUCUCUCAAUCUAAAUCUAAUUGUUCCAUUUUUGAGAUCGUAUAUCAUAUACACAUACACAUACGCUCGGUUCGAACAGCUUGGCACUUUCUCGUUCAGAUUCCACACGCAAGACGCGGACAAGAUGAUCCGAAUACUGUGGAACCGAAACAAUCGGUGUCGUUUGUAGUAGUUUGGGGACAACGAGGCGAUCGGAUGACGCAAUCGCGCGGCUAUGAUUCACGUAGAAAAUUUCGAUAAACAAACUAUCAUAAGACAUAAUUACAUUUGAAAAUAAUAUCAUCGUAAGGGAGCCACCGUUACGUUAUUCGAUUGUGCAAUUUCGACUGCAUAAAGUAAGCGCGUUGCGGCAUAGACGGCAUAUUGACUUUGUUCUCGUGAUGAAAGUUGGAGACCAGACUUUUCCUGUUUCGUCACAGGAAUGGGUGGUUCGUUUGAGAGACUCGUGUCCGAGCAAGCCAUCGCUUCGGACGGCGAAAUGAUGUCCGGUCGUUUCGGUUUCCCACGUCGUCUCGAGGCCGCGAGGAGUCGUCGACGGUCAUGUUAUAAUCGUAAGCUAUACGAUUUCAUAGAAAUUACUGAAGAUGAAGUACGGUGGGUGGCAUAGUGUUAUAGUACAAAGGAAAAUUUGUUAUAGACCGUGUAUUAUUUAAAUAUACAGAUAGUAGUUCGUAUUUUUCGCCCAAAGUCUAGGCCGUAAAUGUAACAACCGCGACCUCAUUACAGCGAAUCAGUUUUUCGAUGUUUGUACAUUCGCUGUGAUGGGUGCGCGUGCGCGCACGCCGCGCGCCCAUGCGUGCGUAUGUGCGUGCGUACGGCCCGAUUCGCACCGAUCGUUAGACACGCUGACUCUGGUUUCUCAACUGAUAAUUUCGUGUUAAAUUAUUUCAACGCGCAUGAACGACGAUGCAUAUUGCGUUACACGCGUCACCCGAGCGCGAAUAAUUUAACACAAGUUACCAAUUGCAUUAACAAGUGCGCGUCGAUUCGGCAGGAAAAGAAAGAAAAAGAAGAAGAAAAAACGGUCGGUGCGCAAGCGAGGCCUGUGUCAUUCCUGCACGUGAGGGCUAGUGGAUUCUCUUUUCAUUUCUCGUUCACUCCCGGUCAGCUCAUGUGUACAUACAAAUCUAAUCGUUACUCUUAUAUCUUCUCGUUGGUGGUAGCUUCUUUUAUUUGGACAACACGUGGAAGACUGAUAAAAUGAUUUUAUUUAAAAUGAAAAAAAAAUCGCACGAGUUAACGUGAGAUUGCACGAUUGCACUAGUGGCAACUCGAAUCGCAAGGUCGAACGUGGCACACACGAGAGAACCUUAAUUCACGUUUGUGUUUCUUUCUGAGAGGAGGAACAUUCUCGUUGCGAUUCGGUAGACUCAUUCAGUGCACAUACUUUGUAUGUUGUUUCUUUUUUCUCACGGGUUCCGUUUUAUUACCAAGAAUCGCUCAUCUUUUAACGGCUGCGAUGUCGCGAGUGCAUCGCAGCGCGAAUCUCAAAUGCUCGUUUGAGAAUGAGAAAGGAGAGCACAGUGCAAUUCGACUUGCAUACUCGCGAGGAUGCAAACAGCUGUAAAGUUAAGAUUUAUUGUCCUUAAUCACUAUGGUAAAAGCGAAGAUUCAUAAUAAAAAUGCGGAUUGGUUUCUUUAUUUAUUAAAA